CCCAGACAGGUUUUGUCAACUGCCAGACCUUACGUAGUGUUCUUUGCCCCGACGAAGAAAUGAUUCCUCAGAACCUUGAACCUUGUAUGACCACUUUUGAUCCGGCUAAACUUUUUAAAUAAACGGGAUUUUUUUAAGUUUUUUUUCAUAAUUUACGGCGAUAAUUUAUGAUACAGGACUUGAUAUGGAUGAAGAUAGCAUAGUCAGUGAUGCUGAUUAUCAAACUUUGAAUCUUUCUUCAGAAGAUGUAGCUGUUGUUGUUCCUGGAGGGGACUUUCACAAGGUUUAUCUCAAGCCAACACAAACAGCAGCAAUCAAAAAGAAAUAUUCAAAAGGACCUAGAAGACCCCAACCAAAGAAAGAGCUGUACUUAAAACUGGAUGAAAUCUUGUUUGAUGCUCUUCGUCAAGAGUUUGAAGUGUGUCCAGGUUACACUAUUGAUCGACUCUAUAUGGUGAAGUUCUUGACAAGUGUUGUCCAACGACAUUUAAGUGACUUUCCAGAUCUUGACAACCUUUUGAACCUUCGAGACACUGUGUUGACUGGUCGCAUCAAAAAGGUUUUUCCAGAGGUAGAGUAUAAGAGAAGACAGGUCAAAGAGGAUCAGUAUAGAAAGGCGUGGUUGUAUGUAAAUAUCAGAAGGAAACCUUCCAGAACCACUCAUCACGAUGAAGUUAAAAUUGAAAGUGUAAGCACCACUAGCACAUGGACACCACCUGUUGCGUCUGGAAAUGUAUCACGGAAGCGAGCGUCACCUGCACCACACUCCUCAUCAUCAGCAGGUGCCGGCCAUCACCAAAGCUCACCCGCUUACACAAGUGCCACAUUGGAGCGCUGUAGCCCCAAUACGAUGGUUGUAGACAGCAGCGGUGUAGGACUAUACGGUGGCGAGUCUCCUGGGUGUGAUAGUGGUUCUGAUGGUAUGGCAUUAGAUGUUAGCACUCAUUUCAACGUCGAAUGUGAAGGGAGUGAGAGAUCAGCUUUAGUUAUGGACAGCUCCAAUUUGCAGGAAUGGGUGGUUUCAAGCUACGUGCAGGACAGUUCAUGGUAUGUUCCCGUUCAAGAUGUGGUAAAAGCAUUCAAACAAGAUUUUAAUGUGGACAUUACGUACAAAGAAUGCCACCAGCUAGUCCUGUCCGCUUACGCCAGUCCUAGAAACCGACUGAUCCCCAAGAAGAACGUACGAGUGUCUUCCAUUGGGCAGCAGUAUGUGUACAGGGGAAUAAGACCUAUCAAUAAAGGUUCUGGGUCUUCUGAGAAAUCUCAGGCUAGAAACGAAUUAGAGUUCGCUCGAACCUUUCAAGGGGAGGAUUCCUGCGAAGAGCCCGAGGAAGACUGGAAGCAAAGGAUAAAGGAAUUGACUGAUGAGCGCGACCAAGCAUUAAAGGAACGGAAUCAGGCUCUCUCGGCCCUAAUGGAACUAGAAAAAGAACAUGCCGAGGCAUUGGGGACAAUAGAGAGAAUGAGGAAAGAAAAAACGAGAAGUAGCGUGGCCGAAAACUCUUUAAGGACGAAGAGAGAAGCGGUAGUUAAUAGUGUAGAACUCAGCGCGAAUCACUGCAAAGAAUCGUUGCUUGAAAAGUUGUGGGAAAGAUUAGGAGGAGCAAAAAGCGAUUUUGUGACAGAAAAGAAAAUGGAAUGUGAUCGAGAUAAUUCUGAUUAUUCACUUUUGAAGGAGAUUGUCACGCAAGCGAAUGAAGAGCGUGACAAUUUACUGAAAAGGUUAACGGUGGUUAAAACUGAAAGGAACUCGUAUUUGGAGCGCAUUCACUUGUUGGAGAAAGAAAACCAACGACUGCGUGACGCUGUAGAUUUUCAGCACACCGAUGUGUCACAGCACCGGCUGUUAGAUGACAUUUCACGACAUUUGCAAACUAGCUGUCACGGUGAAAAUGACCCGAAAGAAGCGUUGAGUUCUGUUCUGGCUCAUUUAAAAUCAAAGCGGAAACAAGUGACUCCGUCACGGUUAAACAAGUCUCCAAGACUUGAUCAUGGCAGUGGUAGAAAUAGCAGCGAGGAUCUAGCUACUCACCCAGUUACUUACACCUUGUCUUCAGAGAUACGAGACAAUGGAACAGCUUUUUCAGGGGACUUAGGCGCCUCAAACGAUGAAUUUCUGAAAGAGAGAUCUGAGGGAUUAGUAAAUGGCAAUGUCGACAACAAAGAAAGUAACGCAAGCACUAAACAACCGGAUAUUGAGCAAGAUUUUCUCGUUUUUACAUCAGGUAGUGAAAUGGUCGAGUUCUCACGACAUCCUCUGGAGGACUAAGUUCGAUACAGCAUGUGUCUUCAAUCACAGAAUGCAGUUUUUUGGGUAUGAAUCUAGCUCGCUAACUUUUACUUGGCGAAGAGAGCAUCUAUACUUAAUUUAAAAGGGUUAUCAGAACUCCUUUUUGUGCUGUACGAGUUGUGUUUAAGAACGAAGUUGCAUUUAUAUAUCGUACUCAACCGGAAUUGUACUCCACCGGAAUCGUCCUCAAUUGUAUUUCAGUCGUAU